AUGAACGCUUGGUCGUCUCUGCUCCGCUCCCAAAUCUGCCGCCGGCUUCCCCAAGCGGCGAUCGGCUCGACGUGCAGAGGUUACUACAAGAGCAGGACCCGCAAGCCCACCCUCUACUCGGAGGUCAGCCCCCUCGGGAGCCCCGGCCGGAGCGUCGCUCCGGUGCUCGACGCCUGGGUCGGAGGGGGCCACAAGGUCCGGUUCGCCGAGCUCCAGCGCAUCAUCCGCGACUUCCGCCGCCGCAAACGGUUCUCUCACGCGCUCGAGGUCUCCGAAUGGACCCAAAAGAACGGUGUUUUUGUUUUUUCACCUGUGGAGCAUGCUGUGCAGUUAGAUUUAAUAGGGAGGGUCCACGGAUUACUUUCAGCUGAAAACUACUUUGAGAACUUGAUGGACCAUGAUAAAACUUACAAGACAUAUGGAGCUCUCCUUAGUUGUUAUGUAAGGCAGCACCAGGUGGAGAAGUCCUUGUCUCAUCUCCGGAAAAUGAGGGAGAAGGGUUUUGACUUGACGGCUCUCACUUACAACAACAUGAUGUGCUUGUUCACGAAAAUUCGACAGCACGAUAAAGUAUCCGAUGUGUUAGCUGAGAUGAAAGAGAACAAAGUUUUGCCCGAUAACUUUAGCUACAGGAUCUGUAUGAAUUCCUAUGGUGAGAGAUCUGACUUAAAGGGAAUGGAAGAACUCCUCAUAGAGAUGGAAACCCAACCUCACAUAGCCGUGGACUGGAAUACGUAUGCCGUUGUUGCAAAUUUUUACAUAAAAGCAGGGCUGACCAAGAAGGCGCUCGAUGCCCUGAAGAGAUCAGAAGAGAGACUAACUGGGAAAGAUGGGAUUGGAUAUAACCAAUUGAUAUCACUCCAUGCUAGUCUGGGAAACAUGACAGAAAUUUUGAGGUUGUGGGAUCUAGAGAAAAAUGCUUGCAAGAGGUGCAUAAACAAGGAUUAUUUUAACCUACUAAAAUCUCUGGUGAAGCUUGGUGAACUUGAAGAAGCUGAGAAAGUGCUGAAGGAGUGGGAAUCAUCUGGGAACUGUUAUGAUUUUCGAAUUCCAGAUACUGUCAUAGCGGCUUUUUCUGAAAAAGGGUUGCAUGAGAAAGCCGAAAUGCUCCUCGAGAAUUUGUUGGAGAAAGGAAAAGAAACUACUCCAGACAGUUGGGCGGGAGUGGCUGCAGGAUAUUGGCACAAAGUUGAUAUGGAGAAAGCAUUGAAGAGCAUGAAGGUGGCCCUCUCUCUUCCCAUGACGAAGAAAAGGUGGAAGCCCGAUCUUAAGUUGAUCACAGCAAUUCUAAAUUGGCUUGGUGAUAAUAGUAAUGUAGCAGAUGUGGAAGCUUUUGCAGGCUUCUUAUCCAUCGUCCCUGUAAGCAGAGAAAUCCAUGAUGCCCUGUUAAAGGCUGAUUCAAGAGAGAGUAAGAUGUGGGUGGGUUCUAAACAGAACGAAAGCUGCUGACCUAGAAAGAGAAGAAACAAGCUCAUUGGCGUGAAAGAUGUUAUUGGCACACGACACACCGCUAUUUGGAAUGAUCAAACAGCCAGACUUUUUGUCCGCUGGUUUUCCGGUGAAACCUUGGGUAGUGGAAGAUCAUUUGCAGUGCCAUUGUUCACCUCAAGCAAGUCAACAGAGAAUUCUGAAUGAAAUUGCUCUUCCGCAAAUUGGAGAAAAUCAGGUUAGUGCUUGAGAACUAGUAAAUCAUCGGAGCAUCGAAGCGCCGAUGUUAAAGGUGUGGGAUAUUUCUUUGGGGGUGCGUUGAGAAUCUUCUAGUUUUCCGUGUCCCUUCCACAUCUUGAUGUCUUCGCAGAGAAUUGGCCAGGCAAUUCUAUGUCUGAAAUCAGUAUGAGUUCGCGCUCCUUUAUGGCGAAGUCGCUUCCUUUGCACGAGAAAUGUGCAUUUCUUUGCCUAAAUAAAAUUCCAGCAUAACUUGAAUAU